CGCGCGCGCGCGGUAGGGGAGACCGGAUCUCCCUCCUCCUCUCGCUUUCAGCACCCGUGCGCGUCGUGUCCUAGCAACCUACCGUACCACUUCACUCGCGCAGGCUGGCGUCGACGGCGGUUUGGAAGCAGCAAUCUCGCCAUAACAGCCUCUUGUCCAGAGCAGAAGACGUCCUAGUCAGACGCACAGCUUGGCCUAGUCCUACUGCUUCCCUCCCUAGCGGUUUCAAGAGACGACGAUUCUCCUCCGUGUUCUUCCAUCCUUCUGCUGCUCCGGCGUCACGUCUCAGGAGGGUUUCUUGGAACGGAUCUGAGCUGUGCAGGGCAGGGCAGGGCAGAGCAGAGCAGCGAAUUCCCGUUUAUUUCUUGAGAUACAGUUGGUGAACAGGUGGAGAAGAAAUCGAGAGAAUUCUUAAGAGUUCGGCGGGUCUAGGUACGCGGUAAGCCGCACGCCGGCUGGCCCCGGCCGCACCGACAUGCAGACCGAGGAGGGGAAGUCGCGGUUCGGGCGGUGCCCGUACUGCCGCGCCAUGAUCUACCAGGACCUCAGCGCGAUCAUCUUCUACUGCAGCAGGUGCCGCACGCCCAUCCGAGGCAAGAACCCGCAACCCACGGACGAGACCGAGUACGCGCUCGCUCAGCUCGAGAUCCUCUCCGCCGACACCGCGUCCGUGUUCUCCGACGACGCGGAGCCGCCAAAUCCGAGGUCAGCCUGGGCCGUCGACGACGACGGUGGGCGGCCGCCGCUGCAGAGCAGGUCAGCAGCGACCGGAAGAAGCUCCGUGCCGAGCAGGCAGGGCACGGGAGCCGCGUCGUCCUCGUCGUACAGAGAGCUCGGUCCGGUCCGGACAGGUCCAAGAAGCAGCGGCGGCUCUCUCAGCUCCGGCCUGAACCGGGAUCGCCAGACGGAGGCCGCGGGAAGCGCAUCGCCGCUGCACGGUCGCGUGACCCAGCUCCGGCCGUCGUCGCGGCGGACCAGGCGAUCGAGCGGCGGCAGUGACGCGGGAUCGGGCACCGAAUCCGACUCCGACGCGCCCGCGCCGGCUACGUCUUACACGAGCCGGUCGUCGCCGCUGAGCUCACAAGAACUCGAGGUGGCGACGGUGUUGUCAGGAAUCCAGCCGUCCGACCUUACGAGGACGCCACUCAGCGACCCGGCGUUCCAGAAGGACCUCCUGCAGGCGCUGGACAACCUCCGGAAGCUCAUCGCCGCCGUGGACCACCCGCGAAGCAUCGACGGGCACUGGCAAGGCGUGACGAUGCCUCGGCUGAGCGCGUCCUGCAACGACGAGAGCAGCGGCAAGCGUACAAUAACAAGGCGCAGCUCCCGGCUCAUGCGCCGCCUGGAGUCGCAGCUCACGCGGGCGUUGCCCGCCGAGCGCCCGCGCCGGAACGCGAGCACUUCGUCCUCCUCUUCGGCAUCGAGCAGCCGGCGCGAUGGUACCAGGCCGCGGGCGCACCAAUGCCGCCCAGUGCUGGGCGGCGCGCCGUUCGUUGUCUGCGGCGAGUGUUCGGAGAUAUUGCAGCUGCCGCCCGCCCUGCCGGCCGGCAGAGCCACCACGCUGCAGUGUGGUGGCUGCGGCGAAGCGUUCCAGGUGACGUUGCCGACGAUCGGCUCGGUGGACCUACCCAAGAAGAUCUUUUCAGCGCCGCAGCCUGCUGUCUUCGUCGGACAGGACGCCGAGGAGUAUCCGCUCGCGAGAAGCAGCAACCUGAGCGGUGAACAACCACGGCCUGCGGGGCCGCUGCACCGCGUGCUGGGGUACAGCUCCGUAAGCUCGGUUCUACGCAGUCGGCGGUACGGCGACAACAGCUGAGCGUGCCUUUCUCUUUUGUUUUCAUUCUUUUUGGGCCCUAAUUAGGGCGGAAAGAUUCAGUGAUUUGUGAAAGUUCAUGAACGAUUCUUCAUUCUUUUCGUAUCUGUUUCAUAGAAUUGCUUGUAAAUUCAAACGAGCAUGAUGCCCUGGUUAGUUUUUUUGGUUUCUAUGCACAUUUCUUUUCCACUCAAUGUGUAUUAUUUUUAGAAUAUAUUCGUAACCGAAGGCUGUACAAAACGAGAGUUUGUGAGUCCAUGUCAAGCUUGUUAUUCAA